AUGGCGAAGGGCGCCAAGAGCAGUGGCGGUGCGCCGAGCUUCGGCGAUGCACCCAAGACCACCGACCCGCGCUUCUCGCGCGUCCACACCGACCCGCGAUUCCUGAAGCCCAAGCGCGACGACACCAAGGUGGUUGUCGACGAGCGCUUCAAGGGCCUCUUCGAGGACGACAAGGGCAAGAAAAAGAAGACCGACAAGUACGGCCGUAGGGUCGCCAAGGGAAAGAGCGAUGCCGACCAGAUGAAGCGAUUCUACCGUCUGGAAGACGACGACCUCGACCCCACCAAGGCCGACGCGGACGACAGCAGCGACGAGGAUGACGACGACGACGAAGAGGCUGCUUCCGAGGCUGGCGCGAUCGACUAUGCGCGUGGCGAGGGCGACCUGGAGUCAAGUUCCGAAGAAGAGUCUUCGGAGGAGGAAGAAGAUUCGGACGAGGACGAGUCUGAGAGCGACGAGGACAGCAGCGAGGACGACGUGAUGAUUGGCCCCUCGAGCGUGAUCGACCGCGAGCGCAGAAAGCGAGCGGCUCGCGAGGCGCGUUUCCAAGAGGACGAUGACAACGACGAUGGGCUGGGCUCGGACAUCGGCGACAUUGAUCUGGACGAGGAGGUGGACGAGGAGGUCUACGCCCAGCUCGACGCACAGGCCGAGCGUGCAAUCGCCGAAGGCGGUAUCGAGGGCGACGACUCGGACUCGGAGGCCGAGGCAUCCUCGUCGCGCAAGAAAGGCAAGGGCAAGGACAAGGCACGCAGGAAGGCGAAAUCGAGCAAGGAGAAGAUCCCGCGUGGCGACGACACGCACCGCCUCGCCGCCGUCAACCUCGACUGGGACCACGUGCGUGCCAAGGACAUCUACAAGGUCUUCAGCAGCAUCGUCUCUCCCACCGCAGCCGUCACAGCGGCUGAGGCACUUCAGGCACAUCGCCGUGCUGCCGCCGAGCCGUCGUCGUCGCGCAAGGCUGCGCCGGCGAUCUCGCAGGUGCGCGGUAAGCUGCUGCACGUGCGCGUGUAUCCAAGCGACUUUGGCAAGGAGCGCAUGGCCAAGGAGGAUCUCGAAGGACCUCCGCCCGAGAUUUUCAAGGGCAAACGCAGCGGUGCCGCAAGCGACUCGGAGGACGAAGAGAUCACCACCAAGACCAUCGUGCAGGUGGACGAGGGCGGCGAGUUCGAUGAAGAAGCGCUGCGCAAGUACCAGCUGGACCGACUGCGCUACUACUACGCCGUCGCGACGUUUGACGGCAAGGAAACCGCACGCCACGUGUACAACGAGAUCGAUGGCACCGAGAUGGAGCGCACGGCCAACGUGUUUGACCUGCGCUUCGUUCCGGACGGCAUGGAGUUCCCCGACGGCGAGGAGGGUCGCGAUGCCGAGUCCCGUGACGAAGCCACCGAGGACGUGGCGAACUACAAGGGCGUCGACUUCAAGACGGAUGCGCUGCGCCACUCGCGCGUCAAGCUCACGUGGGACCAGGACGACCCGGAGCGCACCAAGCUUACGCGGCUCGUCUCGCGCGGUGGCCUGACCAAGGAGCAGCUGCGCCAGGACGACUUCAAGGCGUACCUCGCCUCGGACACCGAGUCUGAGCCGGACGAGGACGAGGUUGCGGCCAAGAAUGGGCGCGACAGGCUGAGGGCGCUACUCAACGUCGAUGGCGACGACACAGGUUUCGGAAAGAAGGGCAAGCGCAGUGGCGGCGUGUUUGACGACCCGAGUCGCGACGACGACGAGCAGGGCGAGAUGCAGAUCACCUUCAUGCCUGGCCUGUCCGAGGCGGUGGGACGCAAGACAGCACAUGCGACCAAGGAGGGUGGCGACGAAACGACGCUCGAAAAGUACGUGCGCAAGCAGAAGGAGAAGAAGGAGCGCAAGAAGGCCAAGCGGUCGGGCGAGGAGGCUGGCGACGAGCCCGUCCCCGCGCCCGAGGACGGCGCCAUCGCCAGCACAGACGCCGGAUUCGACGAUCCCUUCUUCAACGAGGAUGUCGAUAUGGAGGCCGCUCUCGCUGCCGAGUUUGGUGAUUCCGCUCCUUCUACCAGGACCACCAAGACGAAGAAGGUCAAAUCGAAGCCGACGCAUGGCGGGGACGCCGAGGAUGCGGGCGAGAGUGCACUUGCGCGUGAGCAGCUGACUGCGCUGAUCGGCGAUACGAACGACGAGCUCACGCCGGAUGGACGACAGCACUUUGACAUGAAGGACGUGCUGCGCGUCGAGAGCGGCAAGGACGCCAAGCGCGCCAAGCUGCUCAAGCGGCUGAGCAAGAGCAAGCAGCGCGCCGAAGCCGACUUCCAGGCACGCAAGGGUGCCCCGCUGGUGCAGGACACGUUCGAGAUCGAUGCCAAGGACGACCGAUUCGCCGCACUCAUGGACGACCACCGCUUCGCCAUCGACCCGACGCACCCCGGAUUUGCAAAGACCAACGCCAUGCAGAAGAUCAUGCAGGAGCGAAGGAUGCAUCUCGACCGCAAGAACGGCGAUACGCCGAGCGAAAGUGGCAAGCCACAGCAGCAGGACAACGGCAAGGAUACCGAGCUCGAUGCGCUUGUGCAGAAGCUCAAGCGUCGAAACGGUGCAGAGGGCGAGGACAAGAAGAAGCAGCGCAAGAGGUCGAAGCGCGGAUAA